UUUCAGCGGACACUCUCCAAGAAGUGCAGUUGCCGAUCAUCUCAACAGCUGAGUGCCGCAAGCGGACCCUCUUCCUGCCACUGUAUCGAGUCACUGACAAUAUGUUUUGUGCAGGGUUUGAUCGUGGUGGUCGCGAUGCAUGCCUGGGUGACUCUGGUGGGCCUCUCAUGUGCCAGGAGAAAGAUGGACACUGGUCACUGUAUGGGGUGACCAGUAAUGGCUAUGGCUGUGCACGAGCAAACAGACCUGGUGUGUACACCAAAGUGUCCAAUUAUGUUCCUUGGCUUCAAGCAACAAUGAUGCAGCAGGUAUCAUCACUACGAGACAGCAAGACACAAUGCAAGGGGCACCGAUGCCCACUGGGAGAAUGUCUGCCUCCCACCAGGAUGUGUAACGGGUUCAUGGAGUGCAGUGAUGGAAGUGAUGAGAAGGGCUGCUGGUGACACACACACCAUAAAGUUUCCUUUCUUCAUUAUUUGCCUGUAUGUUUCAUCACACAACUUAUCGAUAUUUAAAACCCUCAUGGUCAAGUUUCUUACACCAGAUUAGACUUCUGCAGUUCUACCAAUAAAGAUAUUGAAUUGGCAGUUUAGAACAUUGCCAUAAAGUUCCAGUAAAUACUAACACAACUGUCUCUCCAGUAUGUUCCACAGAGAUAUGAGGAGUUUUUGGCCAUUAGCCAUGUGAACUACAACACGAGACACACAGACACUACCCAACCCAAAAGGGCACCUGAUUAAAAAUGUGAAAAUAUUAAAGAAUGAGUUAUAUACUGCAAUAUGCAAAUUGCUGGAGAAUUUUGGAUUGAAUAGCACAUUUCCAAAUACAGACAUUAGGUUAAUGGUCAUGACCCAAAUCAGAUUAAUUAGAGUCCUCAGUAGGGCCAAGAAGGAACACUAACAGACUGUUUUCCUUUUAAAUACAGAAAGGUCCCUGAACACCUGAGCUUGAGGACUAGAAGGUCAUGUUGACAGUUAAAUAAAUGUUGUUUCAGAGAAAGGUUGGAACGAUCUAUUGAAACGUGACUUUUGUUAUACUAAGAAAGCUUUAUUCACUAACAAUACACAGAUGUGGUGGCAGUGUGGAGCAAGGGUGCAUUUUUCUAAAUGCAUAUAUAAAUCAUAAGAUGUAUAAAAAUGAUGCAAGACAAAGCAUUUACGGAUGGGAGAGAACAGAUAAAUCUUACAUACAAGGGAGAGAAGGAACAAUACUGUCAGAUAUGGAGUAUCAUUCCAUAUUGUACAGUUACUUACUCUGACAUUUACGUCUCAGCAACUGAGAUGUAGCCAGAAUCUCUGGCAACUUGCUAAUUUGCAAAGCACAAUUUUUCAUCCUGACUAAUCUUUUUAAAAUGUGUAAUUGCAGUACUUGAACAAUAUUAAAUUUAACUGCUUAGGAUCUGCACCACAGACAUCACCUUCCAACACAAGACCAACAUGCUAUUCAAAAUGGACUGUAGGGAUGCUUGAUGCUUUGAAAGAAAAUUCCUAUCUGUUCACACAUAGCAACAGAAGGCAGCAGGUGACCAUAUACACAGAAUGUUUGGUGCAGUUUUGGACCAUCACAGUCCUAAUCUGCAGAGAUAACUUUAUUUGAAAGCACAGAUGACCUGCAAGUUUGGGCUCUUUUAGAUUUGUUCCAGAAACUUCAACCACAAUUUCUAACUCUCACCAUACACAUGGACUUAGAACAAGUCAGAACUGUGGUGGCUUCUAAUAGUGAAGUAUUUUUUUGAUAUGCAUGACUAUAUUUCCCCUUUUCAUAUAAUGGACUUUUAAUCCAUUUGGAAGAGCACAGAGACGUUCAACCAUCAAGGAAACCUGGGAGCAGCGCACAGUGGACAUAACAUUUCUCACAUAUUGCUCCUGUAACUGCUGAUAGCACAGAAUGAGUCACUGUCGCAAUAAUAGUCAGUCUUUGUUAGAGGUGUCGGAUAGGCAGUCGACAUUUAUACUGAAAUGAAGUUCACUAUUGAACAGUGUGUUUAUUGUUGAAACUUUUGCAAGGAAAAACUUACAGAAAAUGUAUCCGUAAGUUUCAUAGUAAAUAUACUGACCCAUCAGUUCGUAUAAAGUUGCAGGUAUCCAAGCUUGUGAAAAAGUGGCAUGUUAUUUCAUUCUGCAGAGCUUCAGUGCUGCAAGGAUU